ACCGACGGCCGCAUGUCAAUUCUCAGAAUGCAGGCCCCCUCCUCCUGGCCUAGCUAGGUGUCGCGAAAUGUGAGGCUGAACCUCUCAAUCGGCGAUGACGGAGCGGGUGCAGAUGCUGCAGAAUGCCGCAGAUGGUGCCCAGCCCAGGCAGAAAAAGAGGCGCCCUGUCACUUCUCUUGCUUGGAGCGAAUCAGCCUCGACCUGCGCGGGCGGACAGCGGGAAUAAUGGACGGUGACUCUUUGGGAGGCCGACAAUGGCAACGAGUCCCAUGUCGGAGGCCAGCGGCUGCGCAAGGGUGGGAGGGAAAAGAUUUUGUUUGGCUGAUGCUGUCCGUCCGAUGUUGGGAGUGGGUGUGCAUCAAUGAAGAUGGGCAUCUCAGCUGCAGAUAUAUAUGGUGUGUUGAUGGCUGCGUUGACACGGGGGAUCUCAUAAAUCUUUACAUCAACGCAUUACAUGUUCGUUCUCAGGUGUUUUUUGCCAUUCAACAGCCAUACAAGGCUGGAUAUCUACCUAGCUAUCCAUCUGCCUCUUCGUCUCCAUUCACAUUGACCACUAUCUGCCUACAAACAAACACGCAUUGCCCAACUGCAGCGUGUAGGUGCAUAGCCAGAUCCCGGCGAAGCAGCGUGCAGAUUUCAGUGCAAGGCAAUACGCAAAAUUCACGGCCGACCAGCAAACGACACAACCAACAAGGAGCUGCAGGCAUGCGAUAUCUUGCAUGAGAAGCUCUCAGACCUCUGGCUGACACGGCACCUGUAUUUUCACCCCGCAGAACCCCGAUAAGGCCCCUCUUAAAAGACCCUGUGGGGAGCUCUUGGACUGGCGUCAUUCCUCGCCUCCCAAAGUCAAACCUCAACCCUCCCAACCCAUCGAGUCUCUUUUCAGACUCACGGCAAUAGAGCUGCUGCGCAGUUCGGGCAGCUUAAGGUAGCUGCAACGCAUCACGACUUGUUGCAUUGGCCGUUUGCUCUUCUUGAUUGAUUGGU